CAGACAGAAAAUAAUACUAACUAUGAACAGACAUUGGUUGAUGUACAAAAAUAUGGGGAAGUACAGGGAAUACCGUAUAGGUAUGUUCAGUUAGAUUCCUGGUUUUAUCCUAAAGCUAGUGAUCAAGGUGUUAUAACAUGGGUUGGACUACCAGACGUAUUUCCUGAUGGAUUAGAGGGCCUGAAUCAAAAAACUAAAUGGCCAGUAGUUGGGCAUAAUAGAUUCUGGUCACAUCAAACAACCUAUGCAAAACAAAAUGGCGGAGACUACGACUUUAUAAUACAGCCGCCAUUUGCCAUACCAACAGAAGAGAAAUUUUGGGAUGAUCUGUUCAGAUAUUCAAGAACAUGGGGAUUAGCAGUCUAUGAACAGGAUUGGUUAGAUACAGAAUUUGAUGGAUUGAACGCUACUUUGACAAGUGCUCGAUUAGGUAACAACUGGUUACUACAGAUGGGUCUAGCUGCUGAGAAUAAUGGUUUAACAAUACAGUACUGUAUGGCUGAUCCCCGUGACGCUCUGACGUCCCUUGAAAUACCAGUCGUCACCCAGGCCCGUGCCAGUGAAGAUUAUCAUCCCGGUAAUAAUAACUGGAGACUGGGCCUUACAUCUAUAUUUGCUGAUAGUCUGGGUGUAGCCCCUUUCAAAGAUAACUUCUGGACCACCACUUACCAAGCGGGCAAUAAAUACAAUCUGAGUGAACCUAACACUGAAUUGAUAGCUGCUGUAGCUACUUUAAGUACUGGCCCUGUUGGUCCAGCUGAUAAAAUAGGCUUCUCCAACGCUGAACUAAUUAUGAGAUCGUGUGAUGCUGAUGGUUUGAUAUUGAAGCCAAAUAAACCGGCCAUGGCCAUAGAUGCACAGAUAUUAGAGUUAGCGUUUAAAAAUGGUAUUGGACCAGCAGGAGAAGUUUGGUCGACAUAUUCAAUGAUCAAUGAUAACUAUUUCCAUAUACUUCUGGCGGCGGAUAUGACAACUUCGUACACCCUGAUGCCAUCACAGAUUGGAUCGUUGCCAACGUACAUCAUGGAGAAUUCUCAAGUCGCUGACAGCGCCGUUGUUCCUGUUCCAUUUACGGAAGACCAGCCACUUAAUCUUACCACUGCCUGUACUAAAUCCAACUUCUGUUUAUAUCACACCAGCAUGCAGUUCUCAUUAUCUGAUAGAAACGUUAUUAUUUAUGGAGAGUUCAGUAAAUGGGUGCCAAUGUCCAGAAAUCGAGUGAUAUCUUUUACAGUAGGAACCAAUGAUAUACAAUUAGAAUUACAGGGUGCUUAUAUGGAGAUGGUUACCUUUUUAUUCUUUGAAGAUAUGAAUCCCGUUUAUGUGAAAUGCCAGAUUGGAGACAGUGGGCGUGCUACCAUGAGUCUGGUAGAUCGACAAUGUCAACAACUUUGAUUUAGUCUCGAACAUCAGCUUACAAUUAAGAAAUAAAAUAUGUUUGAUACGCCUAUUGUAUAUAGAUUGUUAACACUGAGUACU